GGUACUGGCAAAUGAAAGCGGAAUACAAGGACAUUGUCACAGCCAAUGUGUACCCAGCACCGAAAGUGGGAGCGGGUAUCGCCGUCGGCGUACACUUUACACCGACAGUGAAUGAGCGCCGUGGAGAGCAGAUGAUUGUGGGACCAGGAUCGUCAAUAUGCCUUGAUAGAGAGGCGUACAAAGCCUCUGAUUUCAGCGUCAAAGAACUCAUGCGGCUGACCGGCAAUGUGGGAGCCAUGAAGUUCGUUGCGAGUAACUUGGGUCUGUCAAUCUCCGAAGCCUAUAGGGAUUUGAGCAAAACCGCGUUCCUGAAUGAGGCUCGCAAGCUCAUCCCAACGAUCACAGACGACAUGGUGGAAGAGUCCUUUGUGGGUGUCAUGGGCACUGCCUUCUCGCACAUAGACGGCAAGGUCAUCAACGAAUUCGAAUUCGAUCGCAAGGCAAUGGAUGGUCUCGUUCUGCACGUUCGCAAUACACCAUCACCCGCGUGCACGGCGUCAUUUGCCUUGGCAGAAGAUAUCGCUAGCACUGCGGCCGCAGAUUUCGCGUGGGAGUAACGCUAACGCGUUGAAAAUCAUUAAACGAUGACCCUAACUACAGAUAGGAAGUUUCUAAGCUAUAAGGGGAUAUGGAAGGCCAAGGCGACGACACAUGUUUGUCGACCAGAAGAAUGAUUUCAUGUCGAUUCUGUAAUGUUCAUUGUCAUUCGUGGACAGCAAUUCAU